GGUCAAGUUGAAGAGAAGACUUGGACAUUCACCCAUUGCGCCAAUUGGGGUAGACCAGUGACAUCACCACUUGCCUCCAUUUUGUUUCCUCCUCACCAUGGCUAAGAGCGCAGAAGUAAAACUGGCGAUCUUUGGCCGAGCUGGAGUCGGGAAGUCGGCUCUCGUCGUGCGUUUUCUGACCAAACGGUUCAUAUGGGAGUACGAUCCUACCCUUGAGUCCACCUAUCGACAUCAAGCAACCAUUGAUGAUGAAGUUGUUUCCAUGGAAAUACUAGACACAGCUGGGCAGGAAGAUGUCAUUCAGAAGGAAGGGCACGUCCGAUGGGGCGAGGGCUUUGUGGUGGUCUACGACAUCACUGACCGAGGGAGCUUUGAAGAGGUCCUGCCGCUUAAGAACUUGCUGGAUGAAGUCAAAAAACCCAAGAACGUGACUUUGAUCCUAGUGGGCAACAAAGCGGACCUGGACCACUCCCGGCAGGUCAGCACAGAAGAAGGGGAAAAGCUGGCCACAGAACUAGCGUGUGCCUUUUACGAAUGCUCUGCUUGUACAGGGGAAGGCAACAUCAUGGAGGCCUUUUAUGAGCUAUGCCGGGAAGUGCGACGCCGGAAGAUGGUCCAAGGCAAGACCCGGAGACGGAGUUCCACCACUCACGUCAAGCAAGCCAUCAACAAGAUGCUCACCAAAAUUAGCAGCUAAAUAUAUUCAUUUCAGAGGUUAAUGGAGAAGAGUUGAAUCUGGGGUGUAGAGGGAUCCUAAGGUUGGAUU